AUGUAUUAUUAUGCUGCCAGUCGAACACCACUGACCGAUCUCGUCAAUGAUUGUCUUGUGCAAGCACACAAUAGUGAUUUCGAUGUGUUCAAUGCGCUCGAUAUAAUGGAUAAUAAGGAAUUUUUAGAAAAACUUAAAUUUGGUGUCGGUGAUGGUAAUAUUCAAUAUUACAUCCACAAUUGGAAAUGUCCACUGAUACCUGCCGAAAAAGUUGCAUUGGUACUUCAAUAA